CAAAGGCGAAUCAUAUAAAGCCCUCUUUCCCUCCCAUCUCGCCGUUCGACCCCCUCGUAGCCCGCCCGAAGCUCGUAGCCUGGAUCCAUCGCCCUCCUCCUCCAGUCCUCCUCCUCGGCCUCCCCGGCGAUGGGGAGCCUGUCCCCUCCUCCUCCUCCUUUUAGUUCUCUCUUCUUGUUUCUUCUCUCUGCCGCUCUCCUCCUCUCCGCCCCCGCCAGCGCUGGGGGGGGCGGCGGCGGCGGCGCGGAGUGGAGCAACGUGACGGAGGCGUCGAGGGCGGGGCCGGCUCACGAGAGCUUUGCCGACAUGAUUGACCAGGCUCUCAAGAAGGAGUUUCCCGAGAGCGAGCAGAUCGAUGGAGAAACUGAUCCAGGCGGCUUCAACAACAGCGUUGCUGAGAAACAGGCGGUUCUUGAAACUGUAGCUAGAGUUACAUCGAAGAAAAAUGACACCAAAGAGAAGUCGUUUCAGUUUCAUGAUGUUUUCAAUUUAGACAACGAGAAUCAGGCAGAAGACACCCCUACCUUGAUAGAUCGGAAGGAUAAUGUUUUUAUUAUAUCAAAUCCCAAGUCAAAAUACCCGGUACUGCAGUUAGACUUGAGGUUGAUAUCUGAUCUUGUUGUGGUCAUUGUGUCUGCAACCUGUGGUGGCAUUGCAUUUGCUUGUCUUGGACAACCGGUUAUUACUGGAUAUUUACUUGCAGGAUCUGUUAUUGGACCUGGAGGACUAAGAUUUGUCAGUGAAAUGGUGCAAGUUGAGACAGUCGCUCAGUUUGGGGUAAUUUUUCUUCUUUUUGCAUUGGGCUUGGAGUUCUCUGCAGCAAAGCUUCGUGUUGUUCGUGCAGUUGCUGUUCUUGGGGGUUUGCUCCAAAUUUUUCUUUUCAUGUGCUUAUGUGGUAUUACCGCUUCGUUAUGUGGAGGUAAACCUUCAGAGGGCGUAUUUGUUGGUGCAUUUUUGUCAAUGUCAUCAACAGCUGUGGUUUUGAAAUUCUUGAUGGAAAGGAACAGUACUAACGCUCUUCAUGGCCAAGUUACAAUUGGUACUCUUAUUCUCCAGGAUUGUGCUGUUGGCUUGCUAUUUGCAUUUCUUCCAGUUCUAGGCGGAACUUCUGGUAUUCUCCAAGGGGUUAUAUCCAUGACCAAGUCGUUGAUCGUGCUGUUUACUUUCUUGGCAGUACUUUCCAUAGUCUCCCGUAAAUGCAUGCCUUGGUUUCUUAAGCUAAUGAUAAGUCUUUCAUCUCAGACCAAUGAACUUUACCAACUGGCAUCGGUUGCAUUCUGUUUACUUGUCGCUUGGUGUAGCGACAAGUUGGGAUUAAGUCUUGAAUUGGGUUCAUUUGCGGCGGGAGUGAUGAUAUCGACAACUGAUCUUUCACACCAUACCCUUGAACAAAUUGAACCCAUUCGCAACUUCUUUGCUGCUCUUUUUCUUGCCAGCAUUGGGAUGCUAAUUCAUGUCCAUUUCCUCUGGAAUCAUGUGGAUAUUUUGCUAGCAGCUGUGAUUUUGGUGAUCAUCAUAAAAACCAUAGUCGUUGCUACAGUUGUCAAGGGAUUUGGCUACACAAACAAGACAUCGCUUCUUGUUGGCAUGUCUCUGGCGCAGAUUGGAGAAUUUGCUUUUGUUCUUCUAAGUCGUGCUUCAAAUCUUCACCUGAUCGAGAGUAAAUUGUAUUUGCUGCUUCUGGGAACAACAGCUUUAAGUCUGGUUACAACUCCAUUGCUCUUCAAGCUUAUUCCAGCAGUCAUUCAUCUUGGAGUUCUGCUACGAUGGUUCUCACCUGAUAACAGUCAAAGUGAGAUGGGAUUUAAAGGUGAAAGCAUUCGUGCAGACAGUGGCAAGCGCAUUACAUUGCUGGUCCAAGGCUCUCACGAUUCAUGAAAUGUGUUCAAAAAGCCAGUGAAACAAUGUGAAAUACCUGGUUUACCCGAUGGGCUUCUUAAUACUUUUGGAUGACAAUUAUCCACGCAAGCAAAGGAGAUUUGAUUGAUGACUUGUUCUUGUGGAAGAAAAGUGCCUCAUUUUUGUCUUCCUUUCACAUCUCAGUCCAAAAUGGCUGUUGCACUUCCCAAAGAAAGAAUCUGAAUGGCAGGAAGAUUGCCAGGCAUUGAACCUUUGUGCUUGAUGGGAUGAUAUUUUGCUACCACCGUCAUGCCAGAUUAUGUGUAAAGUAGUUUUUUGCUUUGUAAUCUACCUUUUAUUCUUUUUCAGGAUUGCUCAUAGUUGGAACUGGCACCCGACUUUAAAAAAUAUGUAGAAUAUGGCAAUUGAUAUUAUUCAUUUCAAACUGAUCCCAAGCAUUUUCUUUA